AUGGAAGAUGCCUCUCGCUGGCAGGCUGUUCGUACGCGAGACCCUCUAGCCCACUGCUCCUUCGUGUACGCCGUCACAACGACGCGUAUAUAUUGCCGGCCGACUUGCCCAGCCCGUCUUGCCCGUCGAGCCAACGUCGUCUUUUAUCACAACUCAACUGCUGCGGACAAAGACAACUUCAGACCUUGCAAGCGAUGCAGUCCUGACAAAGAUAGCAAUACACUGGAGCGCCGUCAUCGAACUGCAAUCAAACAAGCUUGCGACACUAUUCGUCAAAAUUCUGGAGUUUGCGAGCCCGAAGAUAUCGCUCGAAAGCUGGGAUUCUCGCCGAGAUACUUCCACGGGCUCUUCAAGCGGCAGACUGGACUAACGCCGACUCAGUUC